UUCUACUACAGACCAAUCCUCGUGCACAAUGCAUGUAGUGGGGGAAGGCACUGGGUAGGUUUGGGAUUACCUUCAAGACUGGGGAGUAGCGAGGUCUCCGGGACCAAGGUAAAAAUAAGCAGAAGAUGGCUACAAAUGUUAGUCUGGAACCUAACAAUCCUGAUGACAAGUGCAGUCGCUAUGAGGUUUUGGGUUGGAUCAACGAAACACUACAGACUAAUUUUACUCAAGUGGAGCAAUGUCGUUCAGGUGCAUGUUUUUGCCAGCUUAUAGACCUGCUAUUUCCAGGGACCAUCAACUUGAAGAAAGUAAAAUUUGAGUCGCAAAAGAGGUCUGAUUUUAUGCAGAACUACGGUCUUCUUCAGGCAGCUUUUCGGGAUUUAGAAGUGACAGAGCCAGUUCCUGUGAACGAGCUUCUCUCUGGGAAGUUUAGACCCAAUUUCACCUAUUUGAAGUGGUUUAAGAAAUUUUUCUAUGCCAAUGUAAAGCAAGAGAGGGUGUACAAUGCAUUUGAAGCUCGUGAUGGUCAAGAAAUCGUGCCGGUAGAUGAUGUCAUGAAGUCUCCAAAAGCCUUGAAAAGUUCAUAUGAAUCUGGCAGAGCAGGAGAAGAGUCUGACAUGGAAAUAAAUGGAGGGAGGCGUUCUGCAACUUAUGAUCCUAAGUGGCAAAGAAACUUGAAAUGGAUCAGAGCUAGCGAUAUGGGAGACAACUAUGCUUACUGCACAACAUGUGAUUACAAUAUCAUCCUACUUGCAGGUUUUCAUGAUCUGAAGCGCCACCAGCUGACUCAAAAUCAUAUGAAACAUGAGACAGGGAGAACAAAUUUACCUGGGAGAAAGCAGAUUGAAGAGUCUAUUUCAUGUAGUGAAACCAUGCUGCUCUUUAUUCAAUCGCAUUGUCUUUCCAGUUUACCCUCAAGGAUCAACAGGGUCUCCCAACGCACUGCAAGAUGCAUCCUUGGUCUAAAGUAUCCAAACGACAUUGUUUCUGCUUGUAAGCUGAACCCGUACUGUAUCUACAUAUAUGGGCAGGUACCACUUGAUGUGAAGACUGGAGACAAGACCAACUGUCAUGUGGUACUUGCUGGAUUUUUUGAGGAAAAACAAGCAAGAUAUUGUAUUCGUUUCCUUGAUGUCUUUCAGCCUGAAGACUCCGCUAGCUCUGUAUCGGGAGGAUUAUUUAGCAUACUAAAAAAGUUUGAAAUUCCUGCAAGCAACAUGGUAGCUGUUUAUAUUAAUGACCACGAACUGACCUCAGAAAGUGUAGUGUCUCAGAUCCGGGAGCUCAAUCCACAGGUGAUUGACCUUGGUGGACUUUACAGCAUACCUGACACUGCCUGCAGUGCUGGCCUACAGACUCACUCUGUUCAGGUUCAGGAGCUUAUUGCCAACAUCUACAGACACUUCUCUACUGGUUCCACCAGCAAUGACAACCUCAAGAUGCUGUUUGCAGGUAUUGAUGGACUAAAAGUCCACAGCAAUCCCCUCUCAAACAGUGAGGAGUUUUGCGUGCUUGUCAAAAGGAUUCAUGAAAUGUGGAGCGAUUUGGUCUCAUACUUCUCUUCCUGUGAUGAAAAUAAUGACAACGUUAAGCAAAUUUGUUCACAAUUGGAGAACCCUAAAAUCAGGCUAACCUUGAUGUUUCUUGAUCAAGCUCUUGGUCCACUUCGUGCCUUUGGGCAGCACUUGCAGCAAAGCAAAAGCUCUGUUCGUGCUGAUCUUGUGGAGAUCCUUCGAGAAGCAAGUGGGCUUUUACGAUCGUAUGCCUCAAGCUUUCUCCGCCCUCAAGCGGUCAUACGCUAUCUGAAAGAACAAGAUCCAGCCAUCCUAGACAAUGAAGCGUUUUGCCUUCCCGCAGCUGAGCUCAGUCUCGGUGGUGUGCUAGAAGACUUCAUCUCUGCCAGAGAAGAGGAACUAGCGGAUUUCCUUAGCACAUUUUAUAAUGAAUGUUUGGCGAUCUACAAAACUCUUACUACCUCCAUCGCCGCCAGUCUCCCUCUGAGUGAUAGUGUCUUGAGGGCUAUUUCACAGCUUCUUAGUCCGGCUGGACGAUUAAAAGUCACAGGAAAGAAUAUAGUUGACCUUGCUGUACGAUUUGGCUUCUGCUCUAAACCUGAGGAUUCUGCAAAACUCAAUGAUGAGUUCUUGGAGUACCAGCUUGCUGAGGAAGAAAACUUGUCUUCAACUCAUUCAAUUGAGCGAUACUGGUGUACUGUGCUCAAGACUUUUCCACCAACAUCCGUCUUUAAGAGACUUGUCCUCUGUCUUUUGGUUUUGCCCAGUCCAUCCCUUGAUGCAACAAAGAUCUUUGCUCAGGCUAUUGAAAAUGGCGAUGCUGAUCAGUUGGAUGAUAGUUCAAGUGAAAGCGACACAGAUAUGACAAAGGAGCUGGAUUCCAAUGAUGACAACUCCUUAGAUAACUCUGAACUUCAAAUUUCACCCAUCAAAAAUGGGAUAAUGAAAAAAUCCAGACGGAGCACAUCAGAGACGGUUCAACACUCAAAUGCAGUGAAGCCUUGUGUGGUGCGACUGGAGAAGAUCACCAGUCAGAGAGAAGUGAACCUGAAGAACGAUGGAGCCAAAAAUGAUGGCACCUUGACUAGUAACACAUUAAAGGAGGAUUCUAUUAGGGGAAUACACGGUUGGGAGUGCAGUUUACGGCAGAAACCACAGGCUCGUACAGUCUUUCAGGCCGGUGCAGGUACCUGGAGCAAACCAGCGAUUCAAGACGUGGACCGCAAACCAGAGGCGGUGAAGAAUGAUUUAUCAAAUUCCACACCGAGUCCCAGACGUGGAAAAAGAGAUCAAGCGUACAAUGAUGGAAAAGGUUUUGCCGUUGGAGAGCUGGUUUGGGGUAAAGUCAAGGACUUCUCUUUGUGGCCUGGACUGGUGGUGCCAUGGAAGGGCAGGAUAGUUCCUGUGUCUAUGAGGCGUGUAGAGUGGUUUGGAGAUGGAAUGUUUUCAGAGAUUCAUACAGAUGGACUUCUGCCCUUUGGUGCGUUUUCAAAGAAUUUUUGUAGUAAAUCCUAUGAAGGUUUGCCUACCUACAAGAAUGCCAUCUACCAAAUCCUAGAGCUGGCAGCAGAGCGCAGUGGUAAGUUGUUCCCCCCCUCUGAGAAGAAAGGCGAAGAGGUAAAAGCCAUGAUGGAUUGGGCAUUUGGAGGCUUCCAGCCCAUGGGUGCUGAUGGCUUUUUGCCUUCUGCAGAUAGCUCUGCCAGUAAUAAAACAGAGUCAGAUUCCUCUGUGUCUGAUUAUCAGCCUCCAGCAAAGAGAAAGUAUGUCUUCAAGAACAGACCAUCAACUCAGGAGUGCAACAGAGAUCAAAUGGUUCAAGAGGUUACCAGUAAAGGCAGAAAAAUUGAAGAUUUCUGUCUAUCCUGUGGAAGCAGCAACACUGAAAUAUUCCAUCCUCUCUUUAAAGGAAGCCUUUGUAUUAAAUGCAAGGAGAACUUCACAGAGACGCUGUACAGAUAUGAUGAUGAUGGCUAUCAGUCCUACUGCACUGUGUGCUGCGCUGGACUAGAGGUCAUUCUCUGUGGAAAUGCCAGCUGCUGCAGGUGCUUCUGUAAAGACUGUUUGAAUGUCUUGGUUGGUCCGGGAACGUUUGAUAAGCUGAAGGAGGUUGACCCAUGGAGCUGCUACGUUUGCCUGCCAUCGAAGUGCUACGGCGUGCUCAAGCUGAGGACUGACUGGAGUGUUCGUGUGCAGGAGUUUUUCGCCAAUAACAGUGCCUUCGAAUUCGAGCCGCACAGAGUGUAUCCUUCUAUUCCAGCUCAUAAGCGCCGUCCAAUCAGAGUCCUCUCACUGUUUGAUGGAAUUGCUACAGGCUAUCUGGUUUUGAAAGAUCUAGGCUUUAAGUUGGAGCGCUACAUUGCCUCUGAGAUCUGUGAAGACUCCAUUGCUGUUGGGAUGGUCAAACAUGAGGGCAAGAUUGAAUAUGUGAAGGACGUGCGCACCAUCACUAGGAAACAUCUGGCAGAAUGGGGGCCAUUUGACCUUCUGAUUGGUGGAAGUCCUUGUAAUGACUUGUCCAUGGUGAAUCCAGCCAGAAAAGGUCUUUUUGAAGGCACAGGCCGGCUCUUCUUUGAAUAUUAUCGCAUGUUAACCAUGAUGAGGCCAAAAGAGGAUGACGAUCGACCCUUUUUCUGGCUUUUUGAGAAUGUAGUAGCUAUGAGUGCCCAUGACAAGGCUGAUAUCUGCCGUUUCUUGGAGUGCAAUCCUGUGAUGAUUGAUGCUGUAAAAGUAAGCCCAGCCCACAGGGCACGUUACUUCUGGGGGAAUUUACCUGGAAUGAACCGACCUGUUGCGACUUCUCUCACUGACAAUGUAGAUCUGCAGGACUGCCUGGAAUCUGGACGAACCGCAAUGUUCAGCAAAGUUCGCACCAUCACCACCAAGUCCAAUUCAAUCAAACAAGGGAAGACGGGACCUCUGCCAGUCACUAUGAACGGAAAAGAAGACUAUCUUUGGUGCACCGAAAUGGAGAAAAUAUUUGGCUUCCCAAAGCAUUACACAGAUGUGAAUAAUAUGGGCCGAGGACAGAGGCAGAAGGUCCUAGGACGGUCCUGGAGCGUUCCUGUGAUCCGACAUCUCUUUGCACCUCUAAAGGAUUACUUUGCUUGCGAGUGAAGCUGCUCUCUGGUCCAGAUAACACUGGAGGUUCAACAUCAAAUCCCUCAGAAAAAUGAAUUUGAUUGUUAUUUUUAAAGCUUUCUGCAAAUUCACAGAAUAUUUUUAACAUUUCAUUAGUUUCCAAUAUUGAGAACUUGUUUCAAAAUCCUGGUCAGUGGUCCUUGGAAUGCACAGACACUUUUGGAUCUGAUUUUUAAAGUCAUAAGUACUGUUGUUUUUAACUGUAAACGUGGAGAAAAACACACGAUUCUCCACCCCGCUACCUCAGUGCCAUUCUGUGAUUGGUUCUUUGUCUGGAGCAAUGCCUAUUUAUAAUUGAAUGAAUAAGUUAACUAGCUCUCUUUUAUCUGAAAUCAUUUUAACCUCAUGGUAGCAUUUUAUAUCACUUUUCUACAGAUAUGUUCCUUGUUUAGGAAUGUUAUUUUAUUAAAUAUUGCAUUUUUUUUUUUUAAUAAUAAUUGGUAGUACUAAUGCUGUUUUAUAAUGUAGAAUGUUUGGCCACCAGGACCACACUGAAAACACUUCCUGUUUAGGGUCAUCUGAAAACAAUAUUAAUAUACAUAGAUGACUUGAAUUUCAAUUAAAUGGAUGAUUUAAUCCAAACAAAUGAAAAUUCUGUAAUUUACUUACUCUUCACUUGUUUCAAAGCUUUUUAAGUUCAUUUCUUUUGCUGAACACAAAGAUAUUUUGAAGAAUGUUGUAAACUGACAGCCAUUUUUUCAGAUGUUGGAUGUCAGUGGCGAAUGGUGCCCAACAUUUUUUCAAAUAAUUAAUUUUGUGCUCAUUAGAGAGAAAAAACUAGGUUUGGAACCUCCCGAAAGUAAGAAAACAGUUGGAGUGUUUUCAUUUUUGGGUGAACUGUUCCUUUAAGACUGCAGCAUUUUUUUUGUUUACCCCAUUUGUUACCUGUGCGCACUUCCAAUUUGCAACUUUUGGCUAUUGGUCUAAAACUGUGGUCACUGCAGGACGCUUUUAAUUUGUUUAUUUUAGAAUUUGUCAUGAUAUAUAUUUAAGAGUAAGCCCCGGUGCUAAAUUUUAAGGUUUUUUGUACAACAUUAUGCACACUGAUCAAGAGCUUAACGUGAAACAAGUGCCUACAAGCGAGCAGGCUCUAUUUUUGUGAUAAACGCGUUGAUUUUAACUGGCAUGACUUGAGAAUGAAUUAAAAGGAAUCAUUUGAGCUACUUCGCAUUUGUCUAGUGCAAGUAUAUGAGCAUUUUGUCAACCCGUGUGGUGGAAGAUGUCAGUUUGGAGCUUCAGAAUGUGUGUGGUAAUACUGUUUGUGUUCUGUAGUUGUGUGUUUAGCAUGUGUGUUUUUAAGCCUUAUGCAGAUGGUGAUUGUGUUCAAGGAUAAAAAACUUCCAAUUUUAGUGAGACACGGGCCAGCUUGAGAUGAAUGUGAGCUUUCGUGAAACAUCAGUAACUGGAUUCUGUGUCCCAUUGAGAUGUUUAUGUGUUGUAGCAAAGCUUUAGAAAGUCCCAGAAUCAUCUUUUAUCAAUGUUAAAUGUUAUUAAUGUGAAAUGAUGGUCUGUUUGUAAUUUUGAGGUGCAGUAUUGUCUCUUUCGGAAAAACUCCCUCAGGUCUCAACACCAGCAGGCCUCAUUGGACUGGCAUCUAAUGUUACACUUGAUUUUUUUUAUUCAAUACUUUGUGAACAGAAUAUACUAUAUAUUUUUUACCCUUUAAAUUGGCCUUAAUAUCUUUUUUCUGUUCUGUUUUCUUUCUGAAGGGGUCUUUAAAACCCUGUAUUUUGGUGCUAAAUGAAUGCUUAAUAUUUCUGUAGGUAUAGGAUGGUUUUUAACUGAUGAGUUACAAGACAUAGAUUUUGAUAUCUGAAAUAAUCUUUAUCCCUAGCUUUAAUAUUCCGUGCUUGUACUAACAUCACUGAUGAAAAAUAAAUUGCACCAAACUCUUUUA